CCACCCGCCUGCAAAAACCCCUGGGUUCCGGAUGCCAGGAACCCAGAUUUGGAGGUUCUGAGUUUACCCACGACCGAGGCCUUAUCCCGAGGGACCCAGGAAUCCCGGCUUUCCCGGCUGGACCAAGAGAGGGCCCCGAAGUCAGGGCACACCACUUUUUCCCAAUUUUGGGUCUCUUGCCCUCCCCAGAUACGACCCACGCGUCGGGAUCUCCAGUUUCACAACUGGAGGAACCGGGCAAAGUUGACCCAGGAGUCCGAGUGGCUUCGGUUUUAGGGUUCUCAGAGAACUCGGGUCAGGGACUGGAGAGACAGAAGUCGGAUCCCCCCCACCCUGAGACUUCAGCCCCAGAGACGCCUCCGCGCAAAACCACGCCUUCAGCAACAACUAGGGGUGAGCCAGGUAUGGGGGCCACUUCCGCCUCCAGGCAGUCUAGGUCUGAGAAAAGUUCUCCGACUUUCCACUCGCACGGGCCGCCCCACCCAUGUUUGGGCCAAGAGCCGGGAGUCGUGGGCUCCAUUUUCACCUCCAAAUCACCAAGCUGGUCUGAGCGGGAGGCAGGGGCCCCAGGCUGGAUGGCGCGGCGCUAGGGAGCCCCAGUUGGAGAAGAGAGGCAAGCGUCCCGGGAUGGAGUUUGCGGCACUAGAGAGCUGGGGAGUCAAGCGUGCAGAAGCACCUCUCUCCCUCGCUCCGCCCUUCACCCAGACGCUCGCCAAUCCGUGUGUGGUUCCGUUCCGGACUUCAUUUCCCCGAAGGCGACGCGCCCUGAGGAGCCCCCGUUGGGUCCUCAGCGUCUUGGCGGCAGUUGGUGGAACAGGAGCUUCGAGUCCGUCCCUGGUGCUGCCUGCGCGUUCACCUGAGUCUCGCUGGAGCACUUCUUGCCCGCCCACCUCAUCUCAACCCACUUUCCGCGGGGAGCGGCGCCAACCUGGGCCUGCCUCGGAUCAGGCGUCCCCUGAAGUCGGCACGCCCCUCCGCGUCCCCCUUCGGCCCCGCUAGGACCCCGUCCGGGCUGCCGUCGCCUCGUCGCUAUGGCGCCCACCAUCCAGACCCAGGCCCAGCGGGAGGAUGGCCACAGGCCCAAUUCCCACCGGACUCUGCCUGAGAGGUCUGGAGUGGUCUGCCGAGUCAAGUACUGCAAUAGCCUCCCUGAUAUCCCCUUCGACCCCAAGUUCAUCACCUACCCCUUCGACCAGAACAGGUUCGUCCAGUACAAAGCCACUUCCUUGGAGAAACAGCACAAACAUGACCUCCUGACUGAGCCAGACCUGGGGGUCACCAUCGAUCUCAUCAAUCCUGACACCUACCGCAUCGACCCCAAUGUUCUUCUAGAUCCAGCUGAUGAGAAACUUUUGGAAGAGGAGAUUCAGGCCCCUACCAGCUCCAAGAGAUCCCAGCAGCACGCGAAGGUGGUGCCAUGGAUGCGAAAGACAGAGUACAUCUCCACUGAGUUCAACCGUUACGGCAUCUCCAACGAGAAGCCUGAGGUCAAGAUUGGGGUUUCUGUGAAGCAGCAGUUUACUGAGGAAGAAAUAUACAAAGACAGGGAUAGCCAGAUCACAGCCAUUGAGAAGACUUUUGAGGAUGCCCAGAAAUCAAUCUCCCAGCAUUACAGCAAACCCCGAGUCACACCGGUGGAGGUCAUGCCUGUCUUCCCAGACUUUAAGAUGUGGAUCAAUCCAUGUGCUCAGGUGAUCUUUGACUCAGACCCAGCCCCCAAGGAUACAAGUGGCGCAGCUGCGUUGGAGAUGAUGUCUCAGGCUAUGAUUAGGGGCAUGAUGGAUGAGGAAGGGAACCAGUUUGUGGCCUAUUUCCUGCCUGUAGAAGAGACGCUGAAGAAACGAAAGCGGGACCAGGAGGAGGAGAUGGACUAUGCGCCAGAUGAUGUGUAUGACUACAAAAUUGCUCGGGAGUACAACUGGAACGUGAAGAACAAAGCUAGCAAGGGCUAUGAGGAAAACUACUUCUUCAUCUUCCGAGAGGGUGACGGGGUUUACUACAAUGAGUUGGAAACCAGGGUCCGCCUUAGUAAGCGCCGGGCCAAGGCUGGGGUUCAGUCAGGUACCAAUGCCCUGCUUGUGGUCAAACAUCGGGACAUGAAUGAGAAGGAAUUGGAAGCUCAGGAGGCACGGAAGGCCCAGCUAGAAAACCACGAACCGGAGGAGGAAGAGGAAGAGGAGAUGGAGACAGAAGAGAAAGAAGUUGGGGGCUCAGAUGAGGAGCAGGAGAAAGGCAGCAGCAGUGAGAAGGAGGGCAGUGAAGAUGAGCGUUCGGGCAGCGAGAGUGAACGGGAGGAAGUUGACAGGGAUGAGGCCAGUGACAAGAGUGGCAGUGGUGAGGACGAGAGCAGCGAGGAUGAGGCCCGGGCUGCCCGUGACAAAGAGGAGAUCUUUGGCAGUGAUGCUGAUUCAGAGGACGAUGCUGACUCUGAUGAUGAGGACAGAGGACCGGCCCAAGGUGGCAGUGACAAUGAUUCGGACAGCGGCAGCAAUGGGGGUGGCCGGCGGAGCCACAGCCGCAGCCGCAGUGCCAGUCCCUUCCCCAGUGGCAGCGAGCACUCGGCCCAGGAGGAUGGCAGUGAAGCUGCAGCUUCUGAUUCCAGUGAAGCUGACAGUGACAGUGACUGAGUCCCAGGGCGUUCACGGCUGGUUCAGACACUGUUGUGAGCAGGAUGGCACUUUUCUAGUGGUCUAUUUGUGAGCCUUUCACUUGUUUAUUCCCCACCCCUGAACCUUUGCUGUUAAUAAAGUCAACUUCUCUUUACUUCCC